GUCAUCUCCAAACAUGUCAAAGUUUUUGCAGUUCGAAUAAAGUGCUCAUUUUAGGGGCAAUGGUGUGAAAUCCUCCGUAUUUUAAUCAAAAUUCGCAAUGGAAAAUUUAUCAGACUUCGAUUUCUACUUGAAAUUUACUAAGCCUCUCAUUUUGAACUUGCCACAAAUCAAUGACAGGGUUUUGGCAGCGACAUGGGUGAGAAGGCUAGCAACAGAUUCCGCAGCCGACGAAAAGGUCAAACUAGACUAUUUAAAGCUGCUUUUGUUCGUUUUACAACGAAAAAGGCUGACUCACCCUUUUACGCAACAUCCGAGCUCUUUGGCAACUCUUGAAAAAUUCCCCGAAAAUCAAACACUGGUCGAUGUAGCUAAAACCAUCCUCGAAAAAGAACACCAAGACAGAGUGGAGAAGGCAGAGAAACGCCUGAGAGGAGACGUGGAAACUUUCCCCCCUUACAUUUCGGACUUUUCCGCCGACUUAUUGGAAUACGUCGCCGUCCAAAACAUCGAAGAUUUUGGGGUCCAUGCUUACUACGCCAUCUCCAAAGAGCCCCUCUCCUCUUGGUACAAAGUCGACAAACAACUACUCCCCAAAGCCGCCAAAAGCAUGCUGGAAGUAAGCCAGCCCCCACCAACCUUCACAGAACCAGCGUCAUCCCCAGAACUCGCAGAAAAACCGGCCGAAACUCCACCCGGACAACCCCCCGUGGAAGCGCCCCCAGCCGAAAAACCACCCUCACCGCCACCCGAGGAGCCGCCACCCUCCGAACCCUCAAAAGAAAAAACCCCUUCACCAAAAAAAAGCCCACGCAAGACUCCCCUGGGCUCCACGCCCCCAUCCCGUCCCAUCGGCAAAAUCAGCCCCCCACCCGAAGACCGCGAGCCGCCCACCUGGGGCUCCAACCUACUAGACCCCAAAUUCCUCGAAGAGGGAAUCGGCGACAGCGUUUCGUCCAUGGAGGGAUUCGCUCCUCCCGCCAGCUCCACCGUCGUCAUGCCCAUGGAAGUCCUGUGGGCGUCGCCUCCUACCGAAGGCGAGGAGUUCGACUUCUUCACCGACGAUGUAGAUUUGGACGAUGUAGAUUUGGACACUUCGAUGCCGGAAUUUCUCAUAAGCGAAUUGGCGGGAGAGGCGGGAAGUCCUCCGGCCAGCCCAAUGCACACGCCUCCAGCUAGCCCCGCCUUCAGUCUGCCGUACUUGACGCCUCGCAUCCCCGGCGUCACGCCCCCGCCGCCCGGGAAACCGACUCCGCCUCCGCUCACCAAGCGCGUGAAGAAGGCCCCGCCCAAGACGCGCCAGACGCGCGCUUCAAUGCUGCUGCUGCAGAAGAAGAAGGCGGAAUUGGCGCCGCCCCCUCCGCCCGCAGAGGACGACAAGAAAAAGAAAAAGAAACCGCGCGCGGUGGUGAAGAAACCGAAAGUGGUUGAGGCGCCUUCGGAGGAGGUGGUGGCGGAGCCGCCCGAAGACAAGAAGAAGAAAGCGCGCGCGGUGGUAAAGAAACCGAAGGUGGAGGAGGCGCCUUCGGAGGAGGAGGUGGAGGCGAAGCCGUCGAAGAAGAAACUGUUGAAGAAACCGAGCAAAGGAAAGGUGAAGAAGGGGGCGAAGGCGAAAACGCCAGCCAAGGCGGAGACGUCGGCGCUCCUCCAGUUCGGCAGCCCCGGCGAACCAGUUAAAGGCUUUGAAGCAGACGAUAUGGCCGGAUACGUGGAGGAAUACAACAAGUUCCUGGCGGAUAUGGAGGCUCAGUAUAGGUGCGACAUGGAGCGGUUUCAACGCAAACGUCUGGAAGAAGACCAAAGAGAAGAGGAAGGAGUGGUCGAAGAGGAAAGUCCAAAGCGGCAGCUGUCGCGGCUGGCAAAGAGGUCGCCGCAGUCGAUCCCCAAGGACCACGCCGCCGCCGUCGACCUCGACAAGUCCAUCCACGUGUCUCCGGAGGCUAGGGCGAUUUUCGAGGGGAUCAUCGAAGGCCCGUCCACUUCGACCGGGAUUACGCAUCCCUACCCGUCGGUAAUGAGGCAUCCGAUACCCAGGCUCGAGUACGACGACGACGAAGACGAAGACGAAGAUGAAGACACGGGCGAAACGGAAGCGGACGAAGAGGUGCCAGAAGUACCGUACGCGACGAUGGAAACUUGUCACGAUCAUGGCCACAAGGAUCCCCUCUUCGUGGAAAAGUACAACGAGAUGUUGGACACUUCGUUGAAGAUGGAGGCGGUCAAGCAGGACAGAGUCGCCGUGGAAGAUUUAGGGGAUGUCGAUGUUGCGAACAUCUCCGGCGAGGAUUUGGAUAUGUUGUUGGCGGGACUGCAGCAGGACGCACCCACCGAAACCGAAGAACCAACAGAAGAGGACGAAUUCGAGGCGAUGGAACAAAUGUACGAGGUGGAGCACCCCGCCGAAGUUAGAUCACCGGGUGCCAGGUCACCACGGUCUCCAAAGCACUUGGAGGAUCUGCAGAGGUACCAGGACGUCCAGGCGAGAGUCGCUGCACAAAUGCAGGCGCUCGAAGAGAAGUCGCCGAGUCCAAGACGGUCACCACGGGCGAGACAAUCUCCAAUAGUAGAAGAGGACGAUUUCGAAGAAAUGGAACGAGCGUUCGAGGAAGAGGAACGCGCCGCAGGCAGAUCACCGGGUGCCAGGGCACAACUGUCCCCAAGGGAGUUGCAGGCCAUGCAGGCGUCCCCGAAAGUGAGUCCGGGAAGACGGUCUCCACUAGAGCAGAUCUCCGAAGAAGACGAAUGGACAGAAGGCCUCGAAUACUUCAAGCAGGCCGAUAAAAGAGACGCCGAAGAAAUCGCCGAGGAGCUGCUGCCUGAAGGUUUCAUGGAGCAAGGACUGAGCCCGGAGAAAGAUACGACGAUAAAGGAUAUGGCGGUCAUAUACCGAGAUUACUUCGAAAGCGCGCCGGCCUUCAAAAACGUCCCCGUGACGUCGCCCAAGCCCAGCGUCCAGCCGAAGAGGCCCUCGAAAAAGAGAGGACCCAUCGAAGGCCUCAUCAACGUUCCAGAUUUGCCGUUCGCGAACAUUCAGCGGUUGAAGCAGGGGCUGCCGUCGAGGGUACAGGUGGAUCCGGAACGCUUGAAAGUCCAAUACCCGGAGUCCCCGCCGCACCUAGAGCACGAAAUACAAAUCCCCACUUCUCCGUCACAAGUCAUCGACAAGUUACCCCCGGAGGCGUUCAAACUGGACUACCAAUCCCCCCCGAUGGAAUUCCACCCUCUGAAGACACCCACGCAACUAGAGACCUCCUGGAUUUCCCCUCCUCGCUCGACGUGGUACUCCGACCUUGACGACCUCCACCGUAAGCUCCACGGCACGCCUCCGCGGACACCUACGAUUUUCGACCUUCCGGCCGACAAAAUGGAGUACGAGUCUCCCCCGAGGCAUCUCGAGCCUCCGGUGAGCCCGGAAUUGUCACCUCCCAUCGACCCCGUCGCGCUCCGGAAGAAGAUAAGAUACAACGCUCCGUUUCCUAGACCUCGGCGUCGCCGAGUGUACUCACACGGCAGUGCUCUGGCCCGUCGAGAACACAUCAUAGAACUGCCAGAGCCGCCGGCGCUCUCGAUCGAAGACCAGAUCAUGCAAGACGAACUCGCCCAGUUCGAGCGGAUCACGGAGAGGAGGCCGAUACAGGUGCCGUGGGGACGCAGGAAGAGAGUGCUGCCGAGAAAGUCGGCUCCGCCGGAUUUGGCAGCCAUCGAAGAACGGUACGAAUCGCCCAAGAAGGUCGUCCCCGACGUGUUCGAUCUCCCUCCUAUGGAAGAUGAGAUCUGGGGAGAGCCACUACCGGAGGACUUCGCACCAACCGUGAGCCCUCCACCUGCGAUAGACGUGGAAGAGCUGCGUCAGGAGAUGGCAGAGCGAGCAGUACUGCCGAGGCGCACAAUCCGAACCAGAGGAGAACCCCCGCGGUUGGGGCCCGUCUCCGAAAUACUGGAAGCGCUCGGCGAGGAAGAGCACGAGCAGAUCGGGAGAAUCAUGGGAGCGUCGAGGCAGUUACCGCCGAGAGAGAGGACCAGGAUCGCUCGGAGGCCCGGGUUACCGGUGAUCGGGUCGCCCGUCCAGUAUACGCCGUCGCCUACGGCGAGAUUUCCGGUGCCAGAAGUGACCCCAGGAGGCCGGAGAGGCCCUCUGAGGCGAGUCCUGCGCAAAAAUUUGAAAAAGAGAAAGCUAUUCUCACCCCCCGAAGAUGGUGCUCCGGAAACCGAGGUCGAAGUAACGGACGUCCAGGCGAGGGUGGUGGAAGACGACCCCAGACGCGACCUCAGCACUCCGGGAAAACCGCCGGUGGUUUAUAUCGAAGGGAUGUCGCCGGAGAUGCUCAAGAGGAUGAGAAAGGUAUUUGACCUGGAGGAAUCGCCGCCCAGAGGAGCGACGAAAACGCCCGAAAACCCCCCAAAAACCCUCGACGAGAUAAUGUUUCCGGAAGUCGAGGAUCUGGACGAUUUCGAACCAGUCUCGCCGAUGAGCGAGUGGGAAACGUUGCAGGACAUGAAGAGCGACGUCAGAAGCUACUGGCCCAUAGACUCACCGCCUCCUAAAGCUUGGGCCGUCAGGCCUAAACGCACCAAACGACACCCGUUGAAGCAGCUGGAAGGCGUCGCCAAGCCCACUAUUCGCUACAGCCACAAGGCGGCUCUGCAGAAGUAUCCCUGGAUGCAGAUGGAGCAGAUCCAAGAAGGACCCGAAGAGCGCGCCGCCGAGAUUCACGACAUCCUCGAAGCGGAAGUGGAAGCCCAAAUGGCCGCCGAGGCCGAAAGGGAGGCGGCGAUUCGAGGAACCCUGAUGGACCAGCCCGUCCCCGAGGGUCUCCCGUCUCCCGUUCGGCCGCAAUAUCAGGUGCCUUGGUACACCUCGCCUCCGGAGUUGAAGCUCCAACCCAUCACGCGCCGUCCCGACUACGAUCUGGCGCGGAGGACGUCGUUGAUGUACGGGCGGCCCCCGGCGUCGUCCGCCCCCGGCGAAAUGGCCGCAUUUCUGCGAAUGGGGCGGGAGGGCGGCAACCUCCUGGAAGCCGAGGCGGCGCCGUUGGACGAAUUUGCCGAACCCAACAUGACGGUGGUCCCGGCGAGCCCGCAAGCCGUCGCUGCGCUGCGGACGCCGCCUCGGAGGAGGACCGCGCCGAAGAUGCAGACCAUGGAAGAGUUGUACAAGCAGCUCCAGGCCAUGCCGCCGUCGCCGGAGAUGGUGAGGAUAAUGGAACAACAGCGGAUCGCCGACGAGGAGGCGGCCAAGGCGGCGGCGGCGGAAGCCAACAGGCGCGCCGCCCUCGAAUUUGAGUACAAGCAGAAGACGACAGGCCGGAAAGGCGCCAAGGUCGGGAAAGGGGUGCGAGGGAAAGCGGCGCCGCCCGCCAAAGGAAAGGCGCCGGCGAAGCCGCCGCCGAAAGGAAAGGGACCAGCGAAGGAGCCGCCGAAGCCGGCGGCCAAGAGGCCGUCGAAGACGAAGGUGCAAGGGAAGGCUCUGGCCAGGGCGGGCGUCAAGUCCGACAGGUCGAUACCGUCCUCGGAGAAGUCCGCCACAUCGGACAAGUCCUCGCGGUCCGCCAGAUCCGUGAAAUCGGACAAGUCUGACACGUCGGUCAAGUCCAAGGGCUCGGAAACAGAAGUAGCCAAACCGAAGAAGAAGAAAAAGAAGUACGAUGUGCCGUCGAAGCUCGACACGGGAUUGAGGAAACAAGAGGCGGCGCCGGCGGCGCCAGCGGACAAGUCCGUCAAGUCGGCAAGGCCGGCGUCCGCCAAAGUCGUGAAACCGGUGAGGUCGACCUCCGACAGAUCCGUGAGAUCGGCCAAGUCGGACACGUCGGUCAAGUCCAAGGGCUCAGAAACAGAAGUAGCCAAACCGAAGAAGAAAAAGAAAAAGUACGACGUGCCGUCGAAGCUCGACACGGGCCGGAAGAAGAAGGAACCGAAGAAAGAGAAAGUAGCGGAGAUCGAGUACGACCAGGCGGCUUUGCAGGACCUGGGGCUAACACCAGACGAUUUAGUGGAGAUGAACAUCUGCGACGAGCCUGGUCCACCAGAAGGUCGGGUACCCCAAUACUCGGAAGUCGAAGAGCAGAUGGAUGAGAGCGAAGAACCGAGCAUGUCAGAGCGCCAAUUCAUGGAUUACGGCAUGGAAGAAGCCCUACCGGAACUGCCAGACUUCUCGCAGCUGAAGACCGAACUGACGGCCCACAGAUGGUACGACCCGUUCAGCAGAAGAAAGAGGAAGACGGUUAAAGUAAAGGGGCGGAGAGUCCAGUUGCGGUCGCAACGGCCCCGGGUCGAAACCGUCAUAGAAGAACAGAUGAUUGACAAAGAGAACCAAAGGGCUCACGCGCACGCGGCGGCCGAAUUCCGCGCGAUCUACGGCCCAGAGUUCGAAGGGGCGGUGCCGUCGCCGCCGCCGAUAAGACGCCGGACGCCGUCGCCGCCGAGGGCUCCGUCGCCCCCCCCGAUGAGGACUCCGUCGCCCCCGAUGAGGACUCCGUCGCCUCCGAUGAGAGGUGCGUCGCCCCCGAUGUCGCCGCGCACUAUGACCGUGCAGGCGCAGGUCCACGAGGACGAGGGCGGGUUCCUGGAGGAAGAGGCGCCCCCGUGGGGGUCGCCUACUAUGAGCGUCUUCGAGGCGGUGAGUCUCGAUGGCGCUCUGAGCCCGGAGGAGCGGACGGCCAUUAUGGAGGCGGAAGAGGUGACGACUCCGCCGAGACGCAGUCCGGGGCCGUACGACUACUCUUGGGGCGGGCAGAGCCCGAUCCCUCCGCACGAAGCAGGGUUCAAGUGGUUGUCGUCGUCGAUAAGAGGGAGCAGGUUGCCUUGGGAAGAUUAGUGCAGAUCCACUAAUAAAAAAUGUAUUGUUGAGGGUGGAUAAUAAAAUGUUUUGGGGCGUGGA